GCUUGCUGGGCGGGGAGCUGCUCCUCUGAGUUGCUUGGUCAAGUCUAGGAGACGAGGAGUCGCGAUCCACGAUACUCUACCGCUGGAUGUCCCGGAGAACAGAGGCCAUCCGCAGCCAAGCAUCAGAAAAGUGUCUUCUCUGAGUGGCUGAUCAUAAAAUCUGAGGAAGUGACUCCUGAAAGAAAGAGACUCGUAUCUCACAGGAAUCUUUUCAGCUUCUCUCAUCACCUUCUACAUCUCACAUCAUGGCCAUCGUCCUCCACUCCAACCCCCUCCUAUGGACACGGUUGGCAGCCAUGGUCUUCUCCUGCGUGGCCUUCUCUGUGGCCGUGCAUGGUGGCAGGCUCUACCACGGAACCGGAGACUGGUGCAUCUUCUGCUGGGCCUUCAGUUUCGCCGGGACUCUUCUCGUCAUCCUGGUGGAGCUGUUCGGCCUUCAGACCAGAGCCCCUGUUUCCUGGAAGAACUUCCCGAUCACCUUCGCCUGCUACGCCGCCCUGCUCUGCCUGUCAGCUUCCAUCAUCUUCCCCCUCUACUUCCUCAAGGGCUCCACUGGCCCAAGUGAAAUCCGCGACUACCGCAUCGUGUCAACCGUCUUCUCCUGCCUGGCCACCAUCGCCUACAUGAGCGAGGUGAGCAUCAGCAAGGCGCGUCCAGGUGAGGUGGCCGGCUACAUGGCCACAGCCCCUGGCCUGCUGAAAGUCUGCGAGACCUUUAUCGCCUGCAUCAUCUUUGUCUUCGUCAGCGACCCCGUGGUGUAUGACCGUCACGAUGCGCUCAAGUACUGCAUGUCCGUCUACUGCAUCUGCUUCAUCCUGUCGGCGGCCAUCAUCCUGCUCUGUAUCGGCGAGUGCACCGGCUGCCUCCCCUUCCCGUUUGCCCGCUUCCUGUCUGCCUACGCCCUGCUGGCCGUGGUCCUCUAUCUGUCAGCAACCAUCAUCUGGCCCAUCUUCAACUUUGACCCAAAGCAUGGCGGAACGAAACAAAGGCCCUACAAUUGCAGCAGUGCGCUGGGGCUCUGUGUGUGGGAUAAGCUCAUGGCGGUGGCCGUGCUCACUGCUGUCAACUUCGUCCUCUACCUGGCCGACUUGAUCUACUCCACCCGCCUGGUGUUUGUUAGCGCUUGAGCGAAGAGAAAGGGUGUCAGGCCAGCAGUAUGCUCCAAAUAAAAUUGAAUUUGGCAUGUUCUCAAAGGCUGUCGAGCUGCUGUCAAAUACAGUGCUGCGAGCAAAUGCGACUCUGGUCUGUUUCUUUAAUGGCGUCCGCACCAGCUGGAGGAGCCUGUGGGCCAUGCUGGGAACAGACUGUUGAGUUAUACCAGAACUGGUGUAGUUUAUUGUAGUAUUAUAAUCUAGUGUGACUCCAUUUGCUGUUUGAAAUUUGCUUUGAAAAUUAAAGAAUUAGAUUUCACUGUGGUUCUGGUAGAACAAAAUAGAACGAUAAGUAGAAGUGGCCCAAAGUACUUGUGCAAUGCUUGACCCAGGAUGUGCUGGAGAUAAUAAUGUAUUGGGGGAAUUGAACGUGGUCUUUUAAAGAAAUUGGCAAGUCUUGCUGGCUAACCUGGGUAAUCAUACCAAAAUUUUGUACUUUUUGGCCGUAAACUCACAGUUUUGCUUCUGCAAACUUGCCAAAUUUAAUUCUGUGUAAAGUAUACUGCCAGCUUGAGGACUGUGGGGAGUAGACAGGGGCUAGAGGGAGAGUUUGAGGUCAGUGGCUAUGUUUACACACAUACAACAAUAUUUCCUUAAAUUACUGGGGGCUUUCUGUUCAUGUGUUGGAGCAAGUAAAUGUCAAAACUUGCUUCCAGUGUCCUGGAAAGACUCUUAUCUUGAUUAUGAGAGACCUGAAUGUGAUUGCUGGAACAUGCCGAUAUUACCCUGGACAUUUCAAAACCUCUUUUUAAUAAUUUUUAAUGGCAGAAAACACGAUGAUUUCAUGCAUGCAGAGAUUAGUAAACUGUUAAAUGAAUCUCCUGGACAAGACUCAAACAAGGAUACAAGCUAACAUCCAAAAUAUGCAUGUAAACAUAGUCUGCAAUGACAAAUGAGGACAAGACAAAGAAAAAUGCGGCUUACUCGUGUGUUUUCAUCAGAUUUUUUUUUAUAUAUAAUGCAUAUAUCUUUGCUCUGCCUUUGGUUUGUUUUCAAUUUGAUGUCACAUAUAAAAAAAAACUGCCAAGCAGUAUUUCUAAUUGCUGAAAUGCAGAAAAAUCAUGUAUAUUAGCUAAACAGAGCCAGGAUUAAGUGAACAGAAUAUCACCAUGCAAUUAGAAAUCCAAGACUUUAAAGAAAGUUCACUUCUGUUUUGUUUUUUGAUGAUUCAUUAAAAGGAACUGACCGUUUUGUUUCCCCAACAGUAUGCGGAGCAGCUAAUCAGAUCGUAUCAUUCAUCAUUUGCCGUUUUUUCACAGCUCCAAUGUUUUAAGACUUGAAGUAGCUUCUAUGAUGUUAAGAUGAAUGCUAGGCUAGCUUUUUGCUCCUGUUAUGAUAUAUGUGUAUCUGUACCUGCAAGCUACAAUCACUGGCAAGAAUAUAUAUGUGGAAAGAACAUGCGCAAAAUUGUGGAUUUUGAAAACAAGAAAAGUAUGUUAAAAGAGCACUUAAUAUUAGUAUUUGCUGUGUGUUUAAAUUUCCGGUGUCUCCAAAUAUAAAUGCAUUUAUUAACACCAAACUCACACCACUAAAUUCCUAGAAAUUGUUGAUUGGGUCUAUUGGUUUUGUACUGCUGUAAAAGAAAUUCUCUCUCUCCAGAUGUUGUUAGUGAUAUGUUCUUCAACUUUUUUUAUAUUCCACUGUUCAUGUUUCUAGUGUGCAUACCACAUCAGUGUUGUAGGAAACAUAAUCCAGUGUUUCAAUAAAACCAAAUGGU